AGGAGAAGAAGUCACUUGGCUCAAUUCAUGCGGAGCGUGGCUUGCAUUUCCGCUCGGUACUGUACUCCUGCUCCUAGUCAUACAGCAGAUUAGAGAGGUUCGGGGCAAACUGGUCACAAGGAUGAUCCCUGAAUGAUUAACUCAGCAUCAGCCCGUACAGAUAUAAAGAGUGAUCCCUGCAGCCCCCGCCCCGAGAGCUUUUCUAACACCAAGAUCAGGAAGGAGAGGGAUCCCAGGCGCCUCUGCUGGAUGACAUACAACACCCACUGAAGGGGACUCACAAAGCACAGCCAGGCUGCAUUGGAUACAACUCCUCUCUUCAGUUGGAACCUACAGUCAGCCACCCCCCUAUUCUUCAGGGUGGAUUUUAAAUUAGGUGGUUUUUGCAAUAUUACGAAGCAGCCGUCUGUUACUGGACUUUGGAUUACAAAAUAUAGAUUGUUCCAUUUGAUUUAACCAGUUACUGGGCUGCAAGAAACUUUGCUUAGAGGAUCCAAGUUAAAGAUUCUUUGACAAGAUGCCAAUCCUUAAGCAAUCAGGAUCCCACUCAAAGAAGCGAUCUCGCAUUGAUCGGGAUAUGAUUAGUGCUCCUUUGGGGGAUUUUAGACACACCAUGCAUGUUGGAAGAGGGGGUGAUGUCUUUGGAGACACUUCCUUCCUAAGUAAUCAUGGACCAUCAUCGUCACCAACCGUAGAAGUCUCAGCCCCCAAAAAGAAUGGCCUUAGGAAAGUUAGCUCAAAAGAUCAAGUGGAUGGUAAAUUGGCAGAUUCACUCAGCCAGCUCUCACAGUCCUCUGGAAUAGGUUCUGGUGCAGGAAGUGUUUCAUCUAGCCCUGUUAAUAAUGUACCAUCCAAAGAAGACACCUUGUGGAACACUAGCACCAGUGGAGGCCAGUCUGAUCAGUUUGACUGGCUGUCACCUGGAAGUGACUGUGGGCUGAAGCAUGCAGAAUCCAUUUUGUCCUUCCACCUUGACUUGGGACCGUCUAUCAUGGAUGAAGUGUUAGGUGUGAUGGACAAAGAUACUUCCACUGCUGACUGGAACAAUACAGACAUUAAGUGCGAUUUUGACUACAAGUUUUCUCCUAUUAAGAAUACAGAUAGUGAAAAACACAUCCAGCCUUCCUUGGCCUUAGAAGCACAGGGUACCCAUUAUACGCUGUCUGACACUUUGCCUAUUGCAAACUCAGGUGUUGACUGUAACUCAAACUCUGUGUCUGAAAAUCUAGGGUCCAACCAAUCGGCUUAUGAGGAAGACAGUGAAGAAGAAAAGAGGUCUAUUUAUGAGGGUAUUACAGAUGGUUCUGUAAAACAUGAAAAGAGCUUGCACACAAGUCACUCUGUUCAGAUGGAGGAGGAGGAUGAUGAUGAUGAAGAAGAUGAUGAAGAUGCUGGGCAAGGAUAUACAUUUGAUGAGGACCUUGAUGAUGAGAUAGGUGUAUAGGGAUGGCAAAUGCUGUACGUGAACUCCUACGCUUAUAUAUCACUGUGAUAAAGAUGGUGAAAAAGGUCAACUUUUGCAAAUUGCAUAAACUAUAAAUGUGAACAAUUUGAAGCAUCAUAGGUAGAGCUGAAUCCUAAUUCUGGUUUAUAAAAAUGAGUGUGACUUAUUCAACAAACUUCUGCAUUUAUCACACAUGGGCCUAGCUAGGAAUUGAAGAGCUUGGAACUUUGCAUUGUCAUUGAGCACGUUUGUGCUUCAGAUUUUUUUUUUUUUUUAUUAGACUGUUAAAGGAACAAACAAAUGUGACAUUUAAAAUGUUUCACUAUUCCUUUUUUUUCAUGACUUCUAUUCUUGUCUAAACCUGUAAAAGAAACACAUAUUUAAGAGUGAUUUGUAAUACUUAAAGAAAUUUUAUAAUAUGUCCAAAGUGGGAUUAAGUGAUUAUUUUUUUUUUUUUUUUGGUUCUUAUUACAAAAAUGUAACAUUGUUUAUAAUGAUCACUUUGUGGGUUAAGGGUUUAAAACAUAUUAGUAAAAUAAUUUGUACUCUAUGCUCCUUUUACAUCCCUCUUUGCUAUCUCAGAAUCUUACAUAUUGAAAAGGAUUUAAAUCUAUAUUUUUGAUGGAAAAUUAUUUUUAUAGUGUUGAACACUACACUUGUUGGCCAAGACAUUUUGUUUUAAUUCCCUUUUGCUUUGUUCAUUAGGAGUUAUACGGACUAAAAAAUGUCAGUGGGACUGUAGUCACAUUAAGUACACUAAAACUAUUAUUUUGCUUCUUAAAGUCUGGUUCUGGAAAAUGAUGUAACCGUUUUAUCUCUAGUUACUCCUUUUCCGUAUUGUGAACCAGAAUAUUGCUUUCUCCUGUGGAUGAUUUGAUUUUUUUAAAUUUUAUUUCACCAAAUUCUGACCACUCAGUAUUUUGUAUGCAGUAUAAUCCAAAAAUCUAUUCUCUGAAAGUGUAUACUAAAAAAUAAAUGUGUAAAAUAACAGCCAUAUAGUAACGUGGAUGACUGUCAAAUGGAAUCCAAAUAUAUUCAUAAUUUAAAUACAGUAUCUGAUCAGCGAGUCAAUAAAUACCCACUUAGUUUUUUAUUCUUGUUAGUACUGCACACUCUAACACAUCUUUGCAGAUGCUAUACCAUAUCCCUAAUAUAUGGUGGGGGGAGGGGGAGGAAGUUAAUUAUAUAUUUUUUAUUUUUUUUUAGUUUGUUUUGGUUUUCUCUUGCAAAUUUUUGUUGUCCUGGUGGAACCAGACACAACACUCCCUGCUACGCAAACAAAAUUCUAUAAUUAUUGUUUUUAAGUGCUAAUUAAAACAUUUAAACUGUACAUAUUUCUCCUUUUUUGAUCUUCUGUAUAAGGAAAAAAAAGAUUUUCAAAAUGUAUUUUACAAUACUUUUAUAUAAAUGUUUCUGCAUUAAA